AUCGUGACGUGUGCACGAUGGUCAAAAUGCCAAGAUGGCAACGAGCUCGAGGUUUUAGCGGAUCGCGCGGAUACCUGUUCGUUUAAAAAUACCUCGCAACUUACGACGGACAUUCGCAUUUCCAUAAUAACACUUGAGCGAGGAAGGCUCGUAGGGAAUAAUUCGCGUCGUCGAGCACGAAACACAUUUAUGCGAAACACGUGGAGGCUCGAGGGAGAUUCGCGCCUGCUCACGGCGGCGCAUAAUUCCGUGUAAAAAGAGAAAAAAUUCCGCGCUUCUGUUUAUGUAAAUAAUCACGAUGGAUCCACGUUUGCAUAGAAGAUCCGAGCCGGAAAAGGGAUCGGGCGAUUUGAUUGUUGAAUGGAUAAAUGAGGCUUCCAUGAGCCUCUCUGAAGAAGUUAAGGUUACAAAUAUAUGUAAAAUACAGGAAUUUUUGUUAAAUAAGGAACUACAUUCGUUAGAGCUUUACUUGGAUGAUGUUCUACAAUUUUCAAUAGAUAGAAGUGCUGAAGUCAGGAAAACUAUUACAGGAUUUAUCGAAGAAGCUGGAAUAAAACAACCAGAGGUAAUUCCUCGUAUAGUUCAAAUACUUCUUACAUUAGCAUCAGAUGAAACAUCGGCUGUGGCUAAACGUGCGCUUAGAGCCAGUGGCAGAAUUCUUAGAGCUGCUCUUAAAUGGAUCGCUAGUGCUUCUAUUGUUACACCAGAAAUGGAGUUAGCGUGGACUCAGCUAAGUGCUCUGAAAGUUCAAAUCAUAAAUAUGAUUGACAGUGAUAAUGAUGGAAUAAGAACACAAGCUGUAAAGUUUCUCGAAGGCGUAAUCCUAAUACAAACAUAUCCAGAUCCCGACUGUCCGAAGAAAUCUGAUGACUUUUCUCUCGAGGAUAUUCCUCUAACAUUAAAAAUAGCUCGUAGACGAAAAUUAGAAGAAGAAGCAAAUCACGUUAUGGAUUUGUUGAUUAAGUUUCAUGGCUCUCCUCAUGUUAGUAGUGUCAAUUUAAUGACAUGUAUGGGAUCAUUGGCUUUAAUUGCCAAAAUGAGACCACAGUUUAUGCCAAAUGUAAUUCAAGCUUUACAGAGAUUGCAACAUGAUCUUCCACCAACGUUAUCGGAUUCUCAAGUAACUAGUGUACAAAAACAAUUAAAACUUACACUUCUCGGAUUAAUGAAACAUCCUGCUAGUAUAGAGUAUGCUUCGACCAUAGCUAAACAACUGGCUCAACUUGGAGCAAAAGAUCAGGAAAUUAUUAAGGCUUAUCCAAAACCGGAAGAUGUUCGUCGAAUAAAAAAGCGUCAACAGGAAGUAGCAGCUGCUAGUGCUGCAAAAAGAGCAAAGAUUGAAGUGGCUCUAGUAUCCGAGGAAGUAGAAACGACGUCAAACCCUCUGCCUACAUUUAAAUUACCAGAAUUAAUUGAACUCUCUGAAAGUUUUAUUGCUGAAAGACUCAGUGUAGAGAUUGCAACAGAUUUAGUGAUGGAUAGUAUGGCAUGGGUACCAGAUACUAUGACAACAAUAUUUCAAAGGGAAUAUCAACCUACCGCAACUACUGAUAUUAAUAUACAACGUCAAACAAUUGCUAAACUCUUGGCGGCGCAAAUCAAACAGACUAAAGCGAAAAAGAACAAAAAAGACACUAAGGAGGAAGAUGCUGUAAUGGAAGAUUUAAUCAAGAACCCUACCAUUACUGUAGCUGAGGCAAAGCGCGAGCGUAAACGCGAAAAAGAUCGCGAGAAGGAGAAAGAAGCAAAAGCGUCAUUAGAGGCUCAUGAAAAAUCUCUUGCAAAAGCUAGAAAUCGUUUGAAGGCAUUAAAAUUAACUGAAGUGACAAAGCCGCUGUCAAAGGAAACUAAAGAGCGAAUGUUAUUGAUGGCGGUCAAUCGAAUAUUACUUUCGGAAAAGACUGCAGUUCUUGGUGGCGUAGCCGCAAUAAGAUCUAAAAUUCUGACUACUUUGGCAGCUACUUUUAAUCCUUAUAUUAAGGAAGCUGUACUACGUUAUAUUACCGAUGAUACGCGAAAUCGAUUAGAUUUAGCACUGGGUUGGCUGUACGAAGAGUAUGCCUUGUUGCAGGGAUUUCAAAGACGGACUACACUGUGUACAAAACCACAGGAAGCUCCUCAUCAAGCAUACAAUUUUUUAUUAUGCACUUUAGUAUCAGCUAUUGAUUUAGUGCAGGGUAAAGAUCGCGAUACAUUGUUAUCCAGGUUGUAUCUGGAGGCACCAUUAAUAACCGAAGAUGCUGUAGAGGCCUUAAAAAUGGUGUCGUGUGACGAAACUAGAGGACUUGCACCAUUGCAGCUUCUGAAAGAAAUGGUAGUGCGUAGACCGACGAAACAAUUGGUAUUUUUAAAUGUUUUAUUAUGCCAUACUGGACAUGAAAACAAUACAAUACGGGAGGCUGCGAUACAAUUAGUUUGCCAGCUGUACAGCAGACCAGACUUAAGUAAACUGAUUGAGGAAUAUGCAGUUCUAUAUUUAGGCUUUCUGCGCCUUCAUAAUCCACCUGAAAUUGUUUUUGGGCAAGACAGAGGCAGACCACAAAUUGAUAGCCAGUGGAAUGAAUCAACUACACGUGCUUGUUUAGGUUUAUAUCUUUCUCUGCUUAGUGAACAUCAAGAUCUGAUUCAUGAAUUAGCGAGAGUGUAUACAUCAAUGGCAGCAGAUGUGAAACGUAUUGUAUUAAGACUAGUGGAAGGGCCAGUGAGAUCUUUAGGUAUGGGUAGUCCACAAUUGCUCGCACUUGUCGAGAAUUGUCCGAAAGGAUCUGAAACUUUAGUCACAAGGAUCAUACACAUCCUUACAGAAAAAUCUGCUCCAAGUGCAGAGUUGGUAGCCCGGGUACGAGAGUUAUAUCAGACUAGAGUCUCUGAUGUUAGAUUUUUGAUACCUGUUCUGAAUGGACUCACAAAAAAAGAAGUGAUUGCUGCACUUCCAAAAUUGAUAAAAUUAAAUCCUAUCGUUGUAAAAGAGGUAUUUAAUAGAUUACUUGGAACACAUAACAAUGAUAGCGGUGUCCCCCAUACGUCACCUAUUACACCCGCAGAACUAUUGAUAGCUUUACAUAAUAUAGAUCCAAGCAAGGCUGAAUUGAAAACUGUUAUCAAAGCAACUUCUCUUUGCUUCGCUGAAAAACAAGCCUAUACACAGGAAACAGUCGCCGUUGUGAUGCAACAUCUUAUGGAAAUGACACCUCUGCCAACGCUAUUAAUGCGCACGGUUAUACAGAGUUUGGCCCUUUACCCUAGGCUAAGUGGAUUUGUCAUGAACAUACUUCAGCGUCUGAUUCUGAAGCAAGUGUGGAAGCAGCCGAAAGUCUGGGAGGGUUUUGUCAAAUGCUGCGAACGUACGCAGCCACAAAGUUUCGCCGUUAUUCUGCAAUUACCACCAGCACAGUUGGCAGAGGCGCUCCGAAUGGCCAGCAACUUACGCGCUCCUUUGCUAGCCCACGUUGAAGCUUUUGCCGAGAAUCAGAAAGCACAUAUUCCACAAUCGAUAAUGGAUGUCAUACAGGGCAAAGUACCCUGUGACAUGCACGAUGAAUUUGAUAUUGCACCACCUGAUGAUUAUUCGAAUGAUCAAAAACCAGAUACAAUGGAGAUUGAUCUUUCGGAACCAGCUCCUCCCGGUUUAGAUUAGUAUAAAAUCAUUCCAGUAUUAGGAUCAGAAGCAUCGCCUAGCGAAUAUCCUAAUAUUUAACGAAUCCGCAAUGUAACUUGUACAGUAAAUUAUAUUUUUUAUUUUAUUUUAUUUUCAAUUGCUCUGUAAGUCACGUGUAUUUAUGGUUACAUAUUGCAUUGGCAAUGAUCCUUAUUUAUAUAGUCCUAUUUGAUGCUGAGUACAAUUUUCAGUUUAAAACUUUAUUUAUUUAGCCCUACAAAUGUGCGAUUGCAGAAAGAUUGCAGUAAUUACUUUAAGAUAAAACAAUAGGAUCUAAACAGCAAUAGUUUGAAUUCUUUCUUAAUAUUUUCUGUAAUUUUAAUUCGGUAUUAUACAUAUAGUUGAUUUUAAAUCAAUAGUAUUAAAGUCUUCAGUCGUAAUCUAUAUUUAUUUCAGUAUUUAAUAUGACAGAACGUAUGAAUGCUAUCUAAUUAUUUUCAUGUGUAAAUAAUAUUAUCAAUAAUUUCUAAUAGUUUUACAAAAAUAUCAAUUUUAUAUUAAAAUCUCUCGAAACUUUUUUUUACAUUUGAAUCAAAUUGUGUUGUGACGAGUCUUGAUUUGCAUUACGUUAUAAUUUUUACACAUAGAGGGAAAGAAAUAUCAGUGUUGUAAAAUUAAUUAAAAUAUAUCAGAUAAUAUUUCAUACAAAAUACACAUGAGCUUUACGGGGGUAACAUGAAACUAAAUCAGAACUAGAAAAUCUUCAAUUUGACAUAACGAUUUUUUUUAUUUCUUAUAGAUUUUAGUUUUUUAAAACUAAAAACUUGCUCGAUCAUUUCGAUUAUUUGCUUGCUCGCUCGCGUAACAUCAAUUUAAACAGUCAUUUUACAACCAUAUAAAGCCAUUUGAAAAUUAUUGUUGCAUCAU